GUUUUCCAGGGAGGUUGAAUCUCGACGCUUAUGGUGAGUCAGCGGCCCCGUGACAGGCGAGUAGGGGCGGAACACCUUGCAUUCUUCUCAAAGUACUGCACCUAACCACUGCGUAACUGCUGACGAGGAACGAUGGACACCGGUGAAGAGGGUGAUGGGGGUAGUGGGGGGCUGGAGACUGUGGUGGCAGUGGCGGAGGUGGAGGCAGUGGCCAAACACCUGCAGCGCCUCAGCCAGGUGAUGCUGGAGGAGGAGGACCAGCCAUCGCCUGAGCUGGUGGCCGCCUUGAAGAGCCCCGUGAUCCUGGAGGUGAUUCGCAAGUUUGUGGCUGAUCCUCAAACCAAGUCAAUCCUUAUUCAGCGCAGUACCACUAAAGAGGAGACAGAAGAGGGAGCUGAGGUGGAGGAGGACAAGGAAGUGGUUUACCACAUCUCCAGUGGUGUUUUCUUCACCUCCACCAAGAUGAGCAGCCUUUUGUGCCUCAAACGUGGUGGGGUGGUGGAAGCAGACAAGCCCAUCAGUGCACAGAUUCGCUCAUGGAGUCUCAGUGAAGGUUCCCCUUAUGAGACCCUGCAUGACUAUGUGGCUAAUGCCUUUGCUCCAUACUUCAAGGCUUAUGUGAAGGAGACUGGCAAGAUUGAAAGGGAUGGAGACAAGAUGGCACCAUCAGUUGAGAAGAAGAUAGCAGAGUUGGAGAUGGGGUUGUUGCACCUGCAGCAGAACAUUGACAUCCCAGACAUUUCACUGCCUAUUCAUCCAACCGUAGCACAGGUGAUCAAGAUGUGUGCUGACGAGGGAACCCGACCCAAGGUGGCGGACUUUGGGGACCGUGUUGAGGACUCCAAUUUCCUCAACCAACUGCAGAAUGGUGUGGCUCGAUGGAUUAGGGAGAUACAGAAGGUGACUAAACUGGACCGAGACCCUUCAAGUGGCACAGCUCUACAGGAGAUAAGCUUCUGGCUCAACCUGGAACGUGCAUUACUCAAGAUUCAGGAUAAGAGGGAGAGCUUAGAGGUGGCCCUUACUCUUGAUGUCCUGAAGCAUGGCAAACGCUUCCAUGCCACUGUUUCUUUUGAUACAGACACAGGCCUCAAACAAGCUCUGGCCACUGUGAAUGACUAUGCUCCUCUCAUGAAGGACUUCCCCCUUAAUGACCUUCUGGCAGCCACAGAGCUGGAGAAGAUCCGCUCUGCUGUGCAGGCCAUCUUCAACCACCUGCGUAAGAUCCGAUCAACUAAGUACCCCAUCCAGCGUGCUCUCAGGCUGGUGGAGGCCAUAUCUAGGGACCUCUCCUCUCAGAUCCUCAAGGUGCUGGGAACUCGUCGGCUGAUGCAUAUUGCCUUUGAUGAGUUUGAGAAGGUGAUGAGUCAGUGCUUCGAUGUUUUUGUCACAUGGGAUGAUGAAUAUGAAAAGCUUCAGGGACUUCUGAGGGAUAUAGUAAAGAAGAAGCGUGACGAACAACUUAAGAUGGUGUGGCGUGUCUCCCCUGCCCAUAAGAAACUACAGACACGAAUGGAACAAAUGCGGAAGUUCCGUCGGCAGCACGAGCAGCUUCGGACUGUGAUUGUGCGUGUGUUGCGGCCAACCGUUGUGAAGACCACCACACUGGCUGAUGGAGACACAGCUGACCUCAAGCCUGAGAUGGAUGCUGCAGAUCUUAAUGCCAUUGAAGAGGUGAACCUUGCCUAUGAAAAUGUGAAGGAGGUGGAUGGCCUGGACAUCAGCAAGGAGGGCACUGACAUGUGGGAAGCUGCUCUCAAACGUUAUGAUGAGAGGAUUGACCGUGUAGAAACCCGCAUCACAGCUCGGCUCAGGGACCAGCUGGGCACUGCCAAGAAUGCCAAUGAGAUGUUCCGUAUUUUCUCUCGCUUCAAUGCCCUGUUUGUGCGCCCCCACAUCCGUGGUGCCAUCCGAGAGUAUCAGACACAGCUUAUUCAAAGAGUCAAGGAUGACAUUGAGAGCCUUCAUGAAAAAUUCAAGGUCCAGUAUCCCCAAAGCAAAUGUUGCCGCAUGAGCACUGUGAGGGACCUGCCGCCUGUCUCUGGCUCCAUCAUCUGGGCCAAGCAGAUUGACCGGCAGCUGACAGCAUACAUGAGACGUGUGGAGGAUGUGCUUGGCAAAGGUUGGGAGAGCCACGUGGAGGGCCAGAAGCUGAAAGGUGAUGGAGAUUCCUUUAGGCUGAAGCUCAACACUCAAGAUAUCUUUGAUGAUUGGGCCAGGAAGGUUCAACAAAGGAACUUGGGUGUGUCUGGCCGCAUCUUCGCAAUUGAGACACACCGCUCCAAGACAGGCAAAGGCAAUGAGUGCAAGCUAAAAGUCAACUUCUUGCCAGAGAUCAUCACUUUGUCCAAGGAGGUGCGGAACUUGAAGAAUCUUGGCUUCCGGGUCCCACUGGCCAUUGUUAACAAGGCUCAUCAGGCCAACCAGCUGUAUCCAUUUGCCAUUUCUCUCAUUGAGAGCGUGCGCACCUAUGAACGAACCCUGGAGAAGCUGUUGUCGCGAGGGGGACCACACAGCCCCGCCAUCAAAGCCGCCUCCUUGAUGGAAGACAAGACUAACAUCCUGCUGCUUGUGGCAGGCAUGCGCAAGGAAGUGCAAGGACUCGUGUCUGAGGGCAUGUCACUGGUGUGGGAGUCGUACAAAUUGGACCCUUAUGUACAACGGCUGGCAGAGUGUGUCUUCAACUUCCAAGAGAAGGUUGAUGACUUACUGGUACUCGAGGAACAACUGGAUGUGGAUGUGCGGUCACUGGACACUUGCCAGUAUGCCCACUUCACAUUUGCUGAGAUCCUCAACAAGAUCCAGAAAGCAGUGGAUGACCUCUCCCUCCAUCAGUAUUCCAAUCUACACAUCUGGGUGCAGAGGCUGGAUGAACAGGUUGAGAAGAAGCUGGCAGCACGUCUUCAGGCUGGCCUCCAGGCAUGGACAUCAGCUCUUCUGGGACAGCAGCAGAAGGAUGAGGACAUUGACAUUCCUAUGGAUACUGAUACUCCUGAGAAGCCAACACACAAGCCUGGUGGAGAUCCUAAGAUCAACCAGGUGGUGCAAGAAGUGCGCAUCACCAACCAGACUAUGUACAUGCAUCCAGCCAUAGAGCAGGCACGCUACCAGAUCAUGGAGCAACUCUUCAGCUGGCAGGCCAUUGUCACCUCACAGAACCGCAUCCAGAGCACCCGAUACCAGGUUGGGCUGGACCGACCCACCACCCAAGUGUAUAAAAAUCUGCUCACCAAGCUGCCUGAGAGGCACGCUUACAUCAAGGCUGCUUACAAGGCAAUUGAGAUGGUGGUGGAUGAAGUGACCAACUAUGUCCAGGAGUGGCUGCAGUACCAAGCUCUGUGGGAUUUGCAACCAGAUCAUCUUUAUGGUCAGCUGGGUGAUGAUGUGGCCAAGUGGAUGAAGCUUCUGCAAGACAUCAAGCAGUGCCGCACCACAUUUGACACCUCAGACACUCGGCGCAGCUUUGGGCCCAUUGUUGUGGACUAUGCCAAGGUGCAGAGCAAAGUGUCUCUCAAGUAUGACUCAUGGCACAAGGAUGUUCUGAGCAAGUUUGGACAGCUGCUGGGCCAGGAGAUGACACAGUUCCAUGCCCAGGUGUCAAAGAGCCGAAGUGAACUGGAACAGCAGAGCAUUGAUGCAGCCAGCACCUCAGAUGCUGUGACCCUUAUCACUUAUGUGCAAGCUCUUAAGCGCAAGAUGAAAUCGUGGGAAAAACACGUUGAAAUGUACAAGGAGGGACAACGGAUCCUGGAACGGCAGCGCUUUCAAUUCCCUAACCAGUGGUUGCAUGUGGACAACAUUGAGGGUGAGUGGGGAGCCUUCAAUGAAAUCAUCCGCCGCAAAGAUUCCAGCAUCCAGACCCAGGUGGCUUCUCUUCAGCUCAAGAUUGUGGCAGAAGACAAGGCUGUAGAGUCUCGCACCAAUGACUUCCUGCAGGACUGGGAGCAUGGCAAGCCAGUGGAAGGACACCUGCGACCAGAUGAGGCUUUACAGCGCCUUACCCUGUAUGAGAGCAAGUUCACUCGUCUCAAGGAUGACCGAGACAAUGUAGCCAAGGCUAAGGAGGCCCUGGAACUCCAGGAGCCUGGAGCCCUCAACACGUCAGAAGACAGGAUGACUGUGGCCUAUGAAGAGCUGCAGGACCUGAAGGGAGUGUGGGCUGAGCUGGCCAAGAUCUGGGAGCAGAUUGAUGAGAUGAAGGAGAAGCCGUGGCUUUCGGUGCAGCCCAGAAAACUACGUGGCCAGCUAGACCAGCUGCUGACUCAACUGAAGGACUUGCCUGCCCGCCUGCGGCAGUAUGCAAGCUAUGAGUACGUGAAGCGGCUGCUGCAGGGCUACACCAAGGUGAACAUGACCAUCAUCGAGCUGAAGAGUGACGCCCUCAAGGAACGCCACUGGAAGACCCUCAUGAAGCAGCUGCAUGUCUCCUGGUUGUUGAGUGAUUUGACACUGGGACAGGUGUGGGAUGUGGACCUGGUGAAGAAUGAGGCCAUCAUCAAGAAUGUGAUCAUCACUGCCCAGGGUGAGAUGGCCCUAGAAGAGUUCCUGAAGCAGGUGAGGGAGUCCUGGCAGAGCUAUGAACUGGACCUCAUCAACUACCAGAACAAGUGCAAGCUGAUCCGUGGCUGGGAUGAUCUCUUCAACAAAGUGAAGGAGCACAUCAACUCAGUGGCUGCCAUGAAGCUAUCACCCUACUACAGGGAGUUUGAAGAGGAGGCACUUACCUGGGAGGAGAAGCUGAACAGGAUCAACUCCCUCUUUGAUGUGUGGAUUGACGUGCAGAGGCGCUGGGUCUACUUGGAGGGGAUCUUCUCUGGCUCCUCUGAUAUCAAGGCACUGCUACCUGUGGAGACCUCACGCUUCAGCAGCAUUAGUACUGAGUUCCUGAACCUGAUGAAGAAGGUGAGCAAAUCUCCAAUGGUGAUGGAUGUACUCAACAUUCAGGGUGUCCAGCGGUCCCUGGAGCGCCUGGCUGACCUGCUGGGUAAAAUACAAAAGGCCCUUGGAGAGUACUUGGAGCGAGAGAGAUCUUCCUUCCCCAGAUUCUACUUUGUAGGAGAUGAGGACUUGUUGGAGAUUAUUGGCAACAGCAAGAACAUCCCUCGGCUUCAGAAACAUUUCAAGAAGAUGUUUGCUGGGGUGACUGCUAUCAUUCUGGAUGAGACAGAGACAGUAGUCACUGGGAUUGCCUCCAGGGAAGGAGAGGAGGUACCAUUCAACAAAGUGGUAUCAACAGUGGACUUCCCCAAGAUCAAUGAAUGGCUGGCACAGGUGGAGAAGGAGAUGAGGGUGACAUUAGCCCAGAACUUGGCAGCCGCUGUAGGAGAGAUCAAGCAGUUCAAGCAUGGCCCCAUUGAUACAACCAGCUACUUAGCCUGGUGUGACAAGUACCAAGCCCAGCUGGUGGUGCUGGCUGCCCAGAUCUCAUGGAGUGAGGAGGUUGAGGCUGGCCUGGUAGCAGCAUCCAAUGGAGACUCUGGGCCACUGGAUCAGACCUUGGCUCAGGUGGAGGCCACUCUUAAUGUGUUGGCUGACUCAGUCCUGCAGGAGCAGCCUCUCCUGCGCCGCAAGAAACUGGAACACCUGAUCAGUGAGUUUGUCCACAAGAGAACAGUGACCAGAAACCUGAUCAAGAACAAGAUAACCAACCCUAAGUCCUUUGAUUGGUUAUGCCAAAUGAGGUUCUACUUUGACCCUAAGCAGAGUGAUCCCCUGAAGCAGCUCAGCAUCCACAUGGCCAAUGCCAAGUUUAACUAUGGAUUUGAGUACCUUGGGGUGCAAGACAAGCUGGUGCAGACACCUCUCACAGAUCGCUGCUAUCUCACCAUGACUCAGGCUCUUGAGGCUCGCCUUGGAGGUUCACCCUUUGGUCCAGCCGGUACAGGCAAGACAGAGUCUGUCAAGGCUCUUGGCAACCAGCUGGGUCGCUUUGUGCUUGUAUUCAACUGUGAUGAGACCUUUGACUUCCAGGCCAUGGGCAGAAUUUUUGUUGGUCUCUGCCAGGUAGGGGCAUGGGGAUGCUUUGAUGAAUUCAACCGUCUGGAGGAGAGGAUGCUGUCGGCUGUGUCCCAGCAGAUCCAGACCAUCCAAGAGGCCCUCAAGGAGAAGGCUGGCAGCAACAGUAACAAGAGUGUUGGUCAGGUGUUGACUGUGGAGCUGGUGGGCAAACAGGUGAAGGUCUCCACUGACAUGGCCAUCUUCAUCACCAUGAACCCUGGAUACGCUGGCCGUUCCAACCUCCCAGAUAACCUUAAGAAGCUGUUCCGCUCAUUGGCUAUGACCAAACCUGACCGGCAGCUCAUUGCAGAGGUCAUGCUGUUCAGUCAAGGCUUCAGAUCAGCUGAGAAGCUAGCUAGCAAGAUUGUUCCCUUCUUCAAACUUUGUGAUGAACAGCUGUCCAACCAAUCCCACUAUGACUUUGGCCUGCGUGCCCUUAAGUCAGUGCUGGUGUCGGCUGGCAAUGUGAAGCGUGACCGCAUUCAACGCAUCAAGGAGGACCUCAGGAGCAGGGAGGAGGCACUCAUUGAUGAAGGCACUAUUGCAGAGAAUCUUCCAGAACAGGAGAUCCUGAUCCAAAGUGUAUGUGAGACAAUGGUGCCCAAGCUGGUGGCAGAGGACAUUCCCCUUUUGUUCUCCCUGCUGUCUGAUGUGUUCCCAGGCAUUGAGUACACACGCGCCCAGAUGUCUGGCCUCAAAGAAGAGAUCCGGAAGGUGUGCAGGGAGCAGUUCCUAGUGUGUGGUGAAGGAGAGGAGCAAGGCGCACACUGGAUGGAGAAGGGGAGUAUCCCUGGGGAGGGCUGGUGCGAGAAGGUGCUCCAGCUGUACCAGAUCAGCAACCUCAACCAUGGUCUUAUGAUGGUGGGGCCCAGCGGCUCAGGCAAGUCAACAGCCUGGCGUGUACUGCUGAAGGCCCUGGAGCGUUUUGAGGGAGUGGAGGGUGUGGCACAUGUCAUUGACCCAAAGGCCAUGAGCAAGGAGGCACUCUAUGGUGUGCUUGACCCCAACACCCGAGAGUGGACUGACGGCCUCUUCACACACAUCCUCAGGAAGAUCAUUGACAAUGUGCGUGGAGAAAUCAACAAACGGCAAUGGAUUAUCUUUGAUGGAGAUGUGGAUCCUGAGUGGGUGGAGAACCUUAACUCAGUGCUGGAUGACAACAAACUACUCACACUGCCCAAUGGCGAGCGUCUCUCUAUCCCACCAAAUGUCCGGAUCAUGUUUGAGGUGCAAGACCUGAAGUAUGCCACUCUGGCCACUGUGUCUCGCUGUGGUAUGGUCUGGUUCUCUGAAGAUGUACUGUCUGUGGAGAUGAUCUUUGAAAACUAUCUGUCCCGCCUGUCUAACAUCCCGGUGGAGGAGACAGAGGAGGACAUUGCUUUCAUCAAGAAAACAGACAAGAAGGCAGAUGAUGAGAUCACUCCUACAUUGCAGGUACAGAGAGAUGUGGCUUCCAUCCUGUCACCACAUCUCACCCCAGAUGGCCUUGUGGUGAAGUGCCUGGAAUAUGCCACCAACAAUCUUGAACACAUCAUGGACUUCACCCGUAUGAGGGCACUCUCAUCCCUCUUUGCCCUUCUCAACCAGGCUGUGAGGAAUAUUGUGCAGUAUAACAAUACCCACCCUGACUUCCCCAUGCACUCAGAUCAGCUGGAGAGGUAUGUUCCCAAGGCACUGGUGCACUCAUUGUUAUGGAGCUUUGCUGGGGAUGGCAAGCUGAAGGCUCGCAGUGACAUGGGAGACUUCAUCCGUAACUCCACCACCAUCCCACUGCCACCAAGCACCAGUAAUCCAAUCAUUGACUAUGAGGUGUCCAUCAGUGGAGAGUGGAUGUUAUGGUCAGCCAAGGUGCCCAGUAUGGAGGUGGAGACUCACAAAGUGGCAGCACCUGAUGUAGUGGUGCCCACAGUGGACACAGUGCGCCAUGAGGCUCUCCUCUACACCUGGCUGGCUGAACACAAGCCACUUGUGCUGUGUGGCCCACCAGGCUCAGGCAAGACCAUGACCUUGUUCUCUGCCCUCCGUGCCCUGCCAGAUCUGGAAGUGGUGGGCCUCAACUUCUCCAGUGCCACCACACCAGAGCUACUGCUGAAGACCUUUGACCACUACUGCGAGUACCGUAAGACUCCCAAUGGCAUUAUCCUGUCCCCUGUGCAGCUGGGCAAGUGGCUGGUGGUAUUCUGUGAUGAGAUAAACUUGCCAGACAUGGACAAGUACGGGACUCAGCGUGUCAUCAGCUUCCUUCGGCAGAUGGUGGAGCAUGGUGGCUUCUUCAGGAUCUCAGAUCAAGCAUGGGUGAAGCUGGAACGCAUCCAGUUUGUGGGUGCCUGUAAUCCUCCAACUGAUCCUGGUCGAAAGCCCCUCUCCCAUCGGUUCCUGCGCCAUGUACCAGUGGUAUAUGUGGACUACCCUGGAGAGACUUCCCUAAAGCAGAUCUAUGGCACCUUCAACAGGGCCAUGCUCAGGAUCAUUCCUCCUCUCAGGUCAUAUGCAGACCCACUGACCAAUGCCAUGGUGGAGUUCUACCUCCAAUCUCAGGAGCAUUUCACACAGGACAUGCAGCCGCAUUAUGUGUACUCUCCACGUGAAAUGACCAGAUGGGUGCGAGGCAUCUGUGAGGCCAUCAGACCCUUGGAAACCCUGGAUGUUGAGGGACUGGUCAGACUGUGGGCCCACGAGGCUCUCCGGCUUUUCCACGAUCGUCUGGUUACAGAUGAGGAGCGCAAGUGGACUAAUGACAAUGUGGAUGCUAUUGCUCUCAAGCACUUCCCCAACACUGACCGUGAAAGAGCUCUGCAGCGACCCAUCUUGUACUCGAACUGGCUGUCCAAGGACUAUCUCCCAGUAGAUCAGGAAGAGCUAAGAGAAUAUGUCAAGGCCAGGCUGAAGGUGUUCUAUGAGGAGGAGCUGGAUGUGCCCCUGGUGUUGUUCAACGAGGUGCUAGACCAUGUGCUGCGUAUCGACCGUAUCUUCCGGCAACCUCAAGGCCACCUGCUGCUCAUUGGGGCUUCAGGGGCUGGCAAGACCACCUUGUCACGCUUUGUGGCUUGGAUGAAUGGCCUCUCCAUCUUCCAGAUCAAAGUGCACAACAAAUACACUUCAGAAGACUUUGAUGAGGACCUGCGAGCAGUGCUGCGGCGCUCAGGUUGCAAGGAUGAGAAGAUCUGCUUCAUUUUGGAUGAGUCCAAUGUGUUGGAUUCCUCCUUCCUGGAACGCAUGAAUACCCUGCUGGCCAACGGUGAGGUGCCUGGUCUGUUUGAGGGUGACGAGUACACUACCCUCAUGACCCAGUGCAAAGAAGGCAGCCAGCGUGAAGGCCUCAUGUUGGAUUCCAGUGAGGAGCUGUACAAGUGGUUCACUGGCCAGGUCAUGAGGAACCUUCAUGUGGUGUUCACUAUGAAUCCAUCUGCUGAUGGUCUCAAGGACCGUGCUGCAACCUCCCCUGCCUUGUUCAACAGGUGUGUCCUCAACUGGUUUGGAGACUGGUCCAAUGGUGCCCUGUUCCAGGUGGGAAUGGAGUUCACCCACCGCAUUGACUUGGACAGGAUGAACUGGGCAGCACCAGACUACUUCCCAGUAGCUUAUGAGUGCCUGCCUGCACCCCCUAGCCACAGGGAUGCCAUCAUCAAUGCCUUUGUACAUGUGCAUCAGACUCUCCACCGAGCCAACACUCGCUUGGCUAAGAGAGGCAGCACUGUCAUGGCCAUCACUCCAAGACAUUACCUGGACUUCAUCAACCACUUUGUGAAGCUGUACAAUGAAAAGCGAUCAGAGCUCGAGGAACAGCAACUCCAUCUCAAUGUGGGUCUGGGCAAGAUUGCUGAAACAGUGGAGCAGGUGGAACAGAUGCAGAAAUCCUUGGCCAUCAAAAACCAGGAGCUGCAAGCAAAGAAUGAGGCAGCCAAUCUUAAGCUGAAACAGAUGGUGAAGGAUCAACAAGAGGCUGAGAAGCAGAAGGUUGCCAGCCAGGAGCUGCAGGAGCAACUGGAAGCUCAAACUGUACGUAUCACAAUCAAGCGUGAGGAGGUGAUGCAGGACCUGAGCAAGGUAGAACCAGCAGUGCAGGAUGCCCAGAAUGCUGUGAAGAGCAUAAAAAAACAGCACCUGGUGGAGGUGAGGUCUAUGGCCAAUCCUCCUCCCAUGGUCAAGUUGGCCCUGGAAUCCAUCUGUUUGUUGCUGGGAGAAGCCACCUCAGAUUGGAAGACCAUCAAGUCCAUCAUCAUGAAGGAUAACUUUAUUGGCACAGUUGUCAAUUACAACACAGAUGACAUGCCUGAUGAUAUCCGUGAGAAGAUGCGCAACAAGUAUCUCAGCAACCCUGAUUAUAACUUUGAGAAGGUGAACCGUGCUUCAUUGGCCUGUGGGCCUAUGGUCAAGUGGGCCAUUGCUCAGAUAGAAUUUGCUGACAUGCUGAAGAGAGUAGAACCUCUGAGGAAUGAACUGAGCAGCCUUGAACACAUGGCUGAAGAGAACAAGAAGAAGCAUGAAGAUGUGAAGGGUCUCAUUGCACGUCUGGAACGUUCCAUUGCUGCUUACAAAGAUGAAUAUGCACUGCUCAUAUCUCAGGCCCAGGCUAUCAAGACUGACCUGGAGAAUGUGCAGGCCAAGGUGGACCGAUCCAUGGCCCUCAUCAGGAACCUCAGCAUUGAAAAGGACCGCUGGGCUGCCACGUCAGAUACCUUCAAGUUCCAGAUGUCCACCAUCAUUGGAGAUGUGCUCCUUUCCUCUGCUUUCCUGGCCUAUGGUGGCUACUUUGACCAGCAGUUCAGAGAGAAUCUGUUCAGCAACUGGUGUCACCAUCUGCUGCAAGCCAACAUUCAAUUCCGAGGAGAUAUUGCCCGCACUGAAUACCUGUCCAACCCUGAUGAACGGCUGCGUUGGCAAGCAAAUGCCCUUCCUGCUGAUGAGCUCUGCACUGAGAAUGCUAUCAUGCUCAACAGGUUCAACAGAUACCCACUCAUCAUUGAUCCAUCAGGCCAGGCCACAGAGUUCAUCAUGAAUGAAUUCAAAGACAAGAAGAUCACCAAGACCAGUUUCCUGGAUGACUCCUUCAGGAAGAACCUUGAAUCAGCCCUUAGGUUUGGCAAUCCACUAUUAGUACAGGAUGUUGAGAACUAUGACCCCAUCCUGAACCCUGUGCUGAACCGUGAACUGCGACGCACUGGUGGUCGUGUUCUUAUCACCCUUGGAGAUCAGGACAUCGAUCUUUCUCCAGCUUUCACCAUCUUCCUCUCUACCCGUGACCCUACAGUAGAGUUCCCACCAGACAUCUGUUCCCGUGUCACUUUUGUCAACUUCACGGUAACACGGUCGUCUCUGCAGUCCCAGUGCCUCAAUCAAGUCCUCAAGGCUGAGCGGCCAGACAUUGAUGACAAGCGAUCCAACUUGCUCAAGCUUCAGGGUGAAUUCCAGUUGCGUCUGAGACAGCUAGAGAAGAACCUGCUGCAAGUGCUGAAUGACUCCAAGGGGCAGAUCCUGGAUGAUGACUCAGUGAUCACCACCCUUGAGACCUUGAAGAAGGAGGCAGCAGACAUCUCCCUCAAGGUGCAAGAGACUGACAAGACAAUGAAUGAGAUUGAGAUGGUGUCACAGCAAUACUUGCCGCUGUCAUUGGCUUGCUCCAGUAUCUACUUCACACUCGACUCACUGCACCAGAUCCACUUCCUAUACCAGUAUUCGCUGCACUUCUUCCUGGAUGUGUUCACAGAUGUGCUGAACAACAAUCCCAACAUCCGGGACCACACUGACUACUCUCGUCGCCUGUCCAUCAUCACCAAUGACCUCUUCCAGCUGACGUACACAAGAGUAUCCCGAGGAAUGCUGCACACGGACCGCCUGGUGCUGGCUGUCCUGCUUGCUCGCAUCCGCCUGCGGGGAGUCACCUCAGAGCCUUCCUAUGACACAGAGUUCCAGUUCCUCCUGAAGAGCAAAGAAGGUCUUCUCAACACCACAGUCUCAGCCAUGGCUGGUCUUACCCCAGAGCAGACAGACUCCAUGCUGAGGCUUAGUAACAAAGUACCAGCCUUUGCCAAUGUGGAUCGCCUGGUGGGCAACAAAGAUUUCCAGGCUUGGCUUGAGUCUGCUGCACCGGAGCUGAAUGUGCCUACCAUCUGGGAGACAGAGAAGCAGUUGUCACCAGUUGGCCAGUCUAUGUACCACAUUCUGGCCAUCCAGGCAUUUAGACCAGACAGACUAUAUGCAGCCGCUGGACUCUUUGUCAACAGUGUUUUGGGUGAUGAAUUCUUGGGUAUUGGUGAGCGAGAGGUGAACUUGGCAGCAGUGGUGGAGGGUGAGGUGAAGGCCAACACUCCAGUGCUCAUGUGUGCUGCCCAGGGCUUUGAUGCCUCAGUCAGGGUUGAUGACUUGGCAGCAGAACUCAACAAAGGAAUGACUUCCAUUGCCAUUGGCUCAGCAGAAGGUUUCAGCCAGGCUGAAAAAGCCAUCAACUCAGCCGUCAAGAAUGGAAGGUGGGUGAUGUUGAAGAAUGUCCAUCUGGCACCUGCCUGGCUGGUCCAACUGGAGAAGAAGCUCCACUCUCUUCACCCACACCCACAAUUCCGACUCUUCCUUACCAUGGAGAUCACACCGCGUCUGCCCGUCAACCUCCUACGUGCCGGCCGUGUGUUUGUGUUUGAGCCACCGCCUGGUGUCCGUGCCAACCUGCUGCGAACCUUCAGCACGGUGCCGGCCUCCAGGAUGAUGCGGUCACCCAAUGAGCGUGCCCGUCUCUACUUCCUGCUGGCUUGGUUCCAUGCCAUCACACAGGAGCGGCUGCGUUAUGCACCACUCGGCUGGGCCAAAUACUAUGAAUUCAAUGAGUCAGAUCUGCGAGUGGCCUGUGACACUCUUGACACCUGGAUUGAAGCCACAGCUAUGGGUCGAACAAAUCUGCCUCCAGAGAAAGUACCAUGGGAUGCCUUGGCCACUCUCAUGUCCCAGUGCAUCUAUGGUGGCAAGAUUGACAAUGAGUUUGACCAGAGGCUGCUCACUUCCUUCCUCAACAAGCUGUUCACCCCCAAGAGCUUUGACCCUGAGUUCCCGCUGGUCUGCAAUGUGGAUGGUGUUGAAAACCAGAACAUCACCAUGCCUGAUGGAAUCCGACGUGACCAGUUCAUGCAAUGGGUGGAGUCUCUCACUGAUCGCCAGACUCCCAGUUGGCUUGGGUUGCCCAACAAUGCUGAGAAGGUCCUGCUUACCACCAGGGGCACGGACAUGCUGAGCAAACUGAUGAAAAUGCAAGUGCUUGAGGAUGAUGAAGAGCUGGCCUAUGGUGGGGAUGACACACCUGGCACUGAGCGUAAGGACAUUGAGGGCCGUCCAUCAUGGAUGGUAACACUGCACCAGUCUGCUGUCACCUGGCUCUCACACCUGCCUGAAUCAGUGGCCAAUCUGCGUCGCACAAUGGACAACAUCAAGGAUCCACUGUAUCGUUACUUUGAACGGGAAGUGAACUCCGGCUCAAAACUGCUGCGUGUGGUGAAGAGUGACCUCAAUGAUGUUGUCCUCAUCUGCAAGGCUGAAAAGAAACAGACGAACUACCACCGUAACAUGGUGAGCCAGCUGGUGAAAGGCAUCAUUCCUGAUCAGUGGAAGGCUUACACGGUGCCUCGUGGAGCCACAGUCAUCCAAUGGAUUACAGACUUCUCCCAGCGUGUCAAACAACUGCAGGAGAUCUCACAGCAGGUGGCUCAGUUUGGAGCAGGAGAACUGAAGAAUGUAACAGUCUGGCUGGGAGGUCUGUUUAAUCCUGAGGCAUACAUUACUGCUACACGGCAGUGUGUGGCUCAGGCCAACUCUUGGUCCUUGGAGGAGCUUAUGUUAGAGGUAUCCAUUGCUGAUGCUGAGGGCCAAAUCACAGCUGCUGGUGGUUUCUCUAUCAAGGGACUGAAGCUGCAGGGAGCGGUGUGUAUGAGCAAUGCACUGCAGUUGACCCACACCAUCAUGACUGACCUGCCCAUGGUAACCCUCCACUGGGUGCGCCGGGAAGUUAUUGUUACUAACAAGAUUACAUUGCCAGUGUACCUCAAUGCUACCCGCACAGAUAUCCUCUUCACAGUCGACCUUAACAUUGCAGCAAAUGAGAAUGCACACAGUUUCUAUGAGAGAGGUGUGGCUCUUCUGGCUUCUAUCAAUCUCAAUUAAAAAGUCUCUGGAGGAUCUGUAGGGACACUGCAUACAAGCUUUAAGUUAUUGAAAGUACUGUUACAAUUUAGUCAAGAUCUAUGAAUGUAUGUUUGGAGUAAUUAAGGUUAUUUAAAGUAUUUAUCAUGUAGUCAGGUUCUUAAUUAUAUACAAGGAAUAUGUUAAUUGAUAAAAAGGGCAGUGAUUGAAUAACAAUAAAAUAUACUAUAAAGUA